GGCGUCUCCACUGGCUCGCUCGGUGCUGAAGUUGGGCGGAUGGACGGAAAACACCUCUGAUGGAGAUAAAACGGCAGCAUGUAAUCUCAACGCGUGAUACCCCCGAUAUCCGCAUAAACACGUGUAACGACACCCUUUUAGAAGAUUGACAUCUAGAACAAAAGGGAUGUCUUAUCCUGGAUCAUUUAGCCCUUGACUCAAGGACAGGGUGUGCCUGCAAAUACCAGGUGUUUGAAACCUACCUCCACCCACCUCCCGCAUUCUCCAUCAGGCAUGAUAAGAGAAGAUACAAGAGGCCACAUUUUGUUUUCCAGCACUCUGCCCGUCUCAAGCGUUUGACAUUACAGUCAUGAUUUUCUUACCUGAUCUUCGGAUGGAUUGCUGCUAAUUUGCAUGCCUCAGAGUGUGAGUGGAGUUGAAAUGAGGAAAAGGCAGCAGGGACGCAUUGAAGGACCCCCGCAGGUGCCUGGUCACCCGAGGCCCAACACCUGCUGUCUGUGUUGGUGUGGAUGCUGCAAAUGCCUCUGGAAUGAAGACAGAAUGGAACGUUCAGAGAGGCAAACAUGUACAAAGAUGGAUAGCAUAGAAGCAACAGAGGAACAGCAUCCCACACUGGAUGAGAUGAUUGCCUGGUCACGGAGCUUUGAGAUGGUGAUGCGCGCUCCAGAGGGGAGGGAUGUUUUCCGGGAGUUCUUGCGGUCUGAGUACAGUGAAGAAAACCUGAUGUUCUGGAUCGCCUGUGAGGAACUAAAGAAAGAAACCAACCCAUCAGCUAUCGAUGAAAAAGCCAGGAUCAUUUAUGAAGACUACGUCUCCAUUCUUUCGCCAAAAGAGGUCAGCUUGGAUUCACGGGUGAGGGAAGUCAUCAACCAAAGCCUGGCAGAACCCAGCAGUACGAUGUAUGAGGAGGCCCAGCUUCAGAUCUACACCCUCAUGCACAGAGACUCCUUCCCCCGGUUUCUCAACUCAUCUGUUUACAGGGAUCUCCUUAACAGCAAGAGGGCCUGCUUAGACACCUAGGUUUCAGCAAGAACAUUUGUGACAAAAAAGCCCCAAGGUGCCACUUUCAAAAGG